AGGAUGACUCCGCUUGCCGGGUGACCAACAAGGGACAAAGAAAACCGCGCUCGAAUAGCGCAUGCAUGAGCCCCAGGAUUCAGAUACCAACCAGGCUAUCAGCAAAAUCCGUACGUGGCUGCCUAGGAGUUUCUUUGAGAGAAAUCCUUGUCUUCUCCCUUCUCGUUCACCCUUUCCCGUGAUUGAAGACCCCGUGGGGUUCUACCAUGUUGGCACUUCUCUUUCAUUUCAUUCAUCUUCGUAUUCAUUAUUGCAACCGAAUCUUUCCAUCGAUCAGCACCGCCGACACCUCAUAAUGCAUAAUCUCCGUGAUUUGCUGCUCAGCUCUUCGCCACAAGGCACUCCUUACCUCACCCCAUCCGAAGCUUUUCGGAUGGACCAGGAGGACACACGUCAGUGCAUUGCUCGGGGAGAAUUCAAGGAGAUUCGGAGUGCGGCCUUUAGUAACCGGACCUGGAUCAUCACCUCCCGAUACUGCGAGCUUGGAGAUGGCGUGGAUUCCCUCGAAGAGUACAUACAUUCCAUCUGGUAUAUGUACUAUCAGCUCGGUCGUAACAUUUCGCACGAAACGCCCGACCACGAGGGUCUUGUCCUCGACAUCGUCCGUAUUCAAGGAAUAGGGCCGCUGACUCGGCCUGUGCGAGGAAAUUACGGUGUUGAUAUCGCACGAACCGCCGAAGGUGUCCUAUGGAAUGAGCUGCCCUUUUUGGCCACCGACAUGACCAGCUUCUGGAAUAGCGACUUCCCAACGAUGUCGGGUACGCACCGACUCAACUUUGCAACUUUCCUGGCUAAACUGGCAUCAACUCGCGUGGCUAAGGAUAGGUUGUGCCAGAUUGCCCUUAUUCUCUUCCGCAAUCUGUUUGAGGAGAGACAGGGACUUCGCAGCGGAGAGGAGUCGGAUGAUGAAGAUCCGAAGCGAAGCAUGCAUCAGCUUGAAGUUUUUCAUUUGUUGCCAGCUGCUGUGGCCUGGCUCCGCCAUACAGGUCAUAAUCUUAUUCUACUCUCAGAGGUCUAUUGGAACGAUUGCCCUUGUAUAAUCAGCAAGGGUGGCGAGAUGUUUAUCGAGUCAGAGCUUGGGCAACGAUCGCCCACUGGAUUCUCGCCAUGGAGGUACAUGUACUGGCUUCAGCGACUCCAUGAAAUUCAGGAGGAGGCCAAAGAGGCCAACGAGAAACUCUUAGAAGAGUACGCCACCGAUGCUAUUGACUACAUGCUCAACACGCUCGUUCAACGAAACUCUGAAAUUUUAAGGGCAUAUCGGAACGGUGGAGAUGCCUUGCAUCAGAACAAACAUCUGCUUUGCCUGAAUAGGCUUUUGGAGAGUGAGGCUACGGAGAAUGAAGACUUUAAGGAUGACUCAAAGGAUGGCGUAAAGUAAGUCAGACACGAAGGAAGUCCCGAAAGCAGAUUCCAAGCAAGGAAUCCAUCAGAUCUCUCUCCUCCUUUCUUAGCUUUUCUUCUACUUUAGCUUCCAAGUUCAAUGUUUCUCUUUUCCCUCAAUGAAGCCCUUCGUAUGUCUGCUCUAUCUUCUAAGGUAUACAAAUAAAAAACGAUUACA